CCCUCCCUGGCUCUCCCCGGUUCUGCUCUACCGAGCAGGUGAUGGAACAAUGAAGGACCCGAAAGGGAAGACUCUACAGGAGGAGGAGGAAGAGGAGGAGGAGGACUUCGAGCCCCAAGUUGAAUUGCACUUCACCAUCUUGGAAGAAUCGGAAGGGGGCAUUUCUCAGGGGAAGCUUUGGCACUGUGAGAUUGACGCAGAGCUGCAGCCUGAUAGCUCCUGUCAGCCAGAGCUGGACGAUGAAUCAGUCUACUCUGACAUAUCGCGGUCUCCCUCCCCAGAGCUACAGGAGGUGCUGCCAGAACCUGAGGCUGGAACCAGGAAGAGGCCGGUGGGAACGUAUCCUCAGCAAGGCCCUGAGCAGCAGGUCGAGCUGCAUUUUACCAUCCUGGAGGAGUCGGAAGGGGGCAUUUCUGAGGGGAAACUCUGCGCGAGUGAGAUGAAACUGGAUGAACCUCCGGCAGUAGGCUACCAAGAGCACCAAUGGGAGGAGCCCAUUCAGUGGAGCGAGAAACUCAGCCGUCCGUCGGAGGUGGAGAAAGUUCCUCCCCCAGCUGAGGACAGGCUGGAAGGAGAAGCGAAAGGGGAGCUCCUCCCACAGGAAGGGUCCGAUCAACAGGUGGAGCUUCACUUCACCAUCUUCGACGAUCCCGAAGAAGUGAGCCUUUCCCAGGAGCCGGAGGACUAUCCCAUCUGGGAAAGCCCGUUCAAGCCCGCGAUGUAUCCAGAAGACUACCCCAAAGAGGAUUGGGACGCAUCCAUGGACAGCCUGGGAGACGACUUCGAGGCCUCCUUCCAGCAGCAGUUCUACUCGGGAGGGAGGGUGUACCCCUGUACCGAGUGCGGGCGCAUCUUCAACCGGAAGUCGACCCUGACGCGACACUGGCGGACCCACACGGGGGAGAAGCCGUACUCGUGCCUCGACUGUGGGCGGAGCUUCAGCCUCAACCUGAAUCUCCUCACUCACCAGAUGACCCACACGGGGGAGAAACCCUACAAGUGCCCCGACUGUGGGCAGAGCUUCACCCGUAGCACCAGCGUCACCAGGCACCAGAGGAGCCACCAGGAGGGGAGCCCAUAUAAAAAUGACCUGUGGGAGGAAAGCUUCCCGUACGCCUGCCCGGUCCCCUUCCCCUAUCCGAUGCCUCCGGUGGAGGAGAAAACCUACAUGUGCCCCGAUUGCGGGGAGACCUUCACGCACAGCGGGAGCCUCAAUCGACACCUGCGGAUGCACCGGGGGGAAAGGCCUUACAAGUGCGUGGUGUGUGGGGAGGGCUUCUGUUCCAUGUCGAAGCUUUACCGGCACGAGCGGAUCCACAUGGUGGACAAGCCCUUCCACUGCGACAUCUGUGGUAAAAGCUUUGCCGUCAAGUCGACAUUGACCAGGCACCAGAUGCUCCACCAGGCGGAGAGGCCCUACAUGUGCUCCCACUGCGAAAAGGGCUAUGUUCAGAGGAGCCACCUGGCCAGGCACCACCACAAAGCACACCCCGGGGUGCCCUUCAACCCCGUCAAAGCGAACAGUAUGCCCGCCACCAUUCUGGAUUCCGACAACUUAGUCACCUACUUCUGGGGUGAUGAGGAGUCGGACCUUACCUCUGAGGCUGUUCCGACCCAGUUGAUCUACUCGGGAGCAGACUGCUGAAGGGGGCUGACUCUAGCCUGGAGCUAUGGGUUGCCCCUGCCCCCCGAGAGAAGCGCCUUUGUCCCUAGCCUCUUGUGCUCUGUCUUUCUUAAGUCUCCGAGUGCUGGGAUUGCGUCUGAUCUCGGAGAUUCAGCCCUCCCAAAAUGGAUUCUUAUGGCAACAAACAAACAAACAACCCCCCUCCCCUGAAGCUGAUUUUGUUGCAGACAGUCUUAGUGCCAAGAAUCCUUUCUUGCCUUGCUACUUUUAUGACAGUGAUAACUUGAGCCCUGGUGAUAUCUCCACAUCGACACAGGAUGGGCUGAUGCCCGCUCUGCCUUGCAGUCCACGUAGAUGCCGUCAGCAUCCAAGGGGCAGUGCCUACGUUUGAAAGCAGGCUGACCCCAACGAGCAGCCGAGUGCUGCGGUAGACAAACCAACGUGACUCUGGAGUGAACCGGUUCCUGCGACUCACUUCUCAAGCUGCUUCAUGGGACAGAAGCCAAGUGCCACUCGUAAUGGAGCAAGCGAGUCUCCUGUGCUGUUGAAAAUCUCCUCUGCAGGAGGAGGGGAAAGUAACCUGGUCCGUAGCAAAAUGUCUAGUGUAGGGAGAGGGGUGCAAGCUUGGGUGUUCAUCUGAAUUCAUUUUGUUCGUUUGUAGUAAGGGGGAUCUCCCUCCCCCAUCCCCUGGUUUGAAGCAAAAUUCUGCCUUGUUUUAUCACUUAAUGUUUUUAGUGAUGGCUGAACUCUUGGAAAACUAGUAAAAUAUGGAAGUGGAGGGAAACGUAUCCAGAGUCUUUUGAGAAGUGUUAUUUGAUGCGCAAACCAGAUAUUCAAUGAGAAAAUAAAAUCCACGGGGACAAAGAGUGUUUC